CGGAUACCGUGGCGCCAUUCAGUGGCACAAACAGACAUGAACGAGCGUUUGGCCGUGGUGCACGUGGAGGUGACGCAAGUCGACCGGUUCCGCACCCGAAUCAGCGCUCUGGAGGGCGUUACCGUCGCCUCUGUCGCACCGCCGCUUCUCUACGUGCGCUAUCCAGCAGCCCAGUGGCCGAUUCUCCAGGAUAUCUGCUGCGCUGGCCGCAUCGCCGCCCACCGCGUGUACCAUGUCGACGCGACGUGCCGGGACCCUGGCUGGAUUCUAUACAGCGCAGCAAUGCUAUCGACGCGCAGUGAAACCUUUCGAGUGAUUGCGUACCCGAGCUCGCUCCAAACGGGUCUCGUCGCCCUCCUCGCCGAGCACGGGAUCGCGACCGACCCGAAGCGCUACACGCACGAGCUGCACGCGGUUCAUGACGCCACCGUCUUUCGCUUUGGCGUCGUGCCGCGCCGAGUCGUUGCGGAAGCUCCGCUGGCGGACGACGUGCCGUGCCGGGCCUACCACAAACUUGCUGAAGCGCUUCUCGACCAGACGCCGUUUCCGACAGGCUACCGAGCGAUCGACAUUGGCGCGUCACCGGGUGGCUGGACCGAGUUCUUGUCGUCGGCGGGAGCGACCGUCGUUGCUGUGGACCCCGGCGAGCUCAUUGUGACGCACCCGAACGUACUGCAUGUACCACUGCUUCUCGAACACGCGCUCGACCAGAUCUCGGCCAUGGACAAGUUUCACGUGUGCGUUUGUGACAUCAAUAUUCGCCCGCAGCUCAUGGCCUCGCUGAUUGCGUCGGUGGCGCCGCACUUACAUCCGCACGCAAUUGUCGUGCUAACGCUCAAGCUCAGCAAACGCCCGACCGACGCCGCCGUCGACCAAGCGAUCCGCGACGUCUGCCACGUCCUCGGCGACGAGUUUGAGCACUUUCGCAUUGAGUGGCUUCAUGCCAACACGAUCAACGAGCGCACGCUCUUUGCCCUAUGGAUUUGCGUGACCAAGCGACGCGCCAGUACCUUGCGCUUAGUACACUCUCGCCGCUGGUGAGAGCUCGGCUGUCGCGACCAGGCUCUCCGAGUGCUCGCUGUGCAAGGCAACAACGCAGCGGCAAUACGUGGACUAGUGUCCAAGAUAGACCAACGAGAGCGACAGUCGACCGGGAACAGUUGCAAGCUCUCCUGUAAAGCGUCAUGUGUUGUAGAUAUCCCCGUGAUAUGUCACCAUCAAUGCUGGUGAUGUGCAUGACCCAUGCCGUCGGCUG